GGAUUAGCUUUGGCUACUAAAAGCGCUAGCAUAUCUAAAGACAUGCCACGAUUGGUUAUAGUCGUAAUGAAAGAUAAAUCCUCUUUAUAUAGUAACGUCAAACGUUAUGAAGAGAGUACAGGUGUGGUUACUCAAGUCAUAUUGUCCAAACAUUUCAAAAAGCCAAACGAGCAAUUAUUUGUAAAUAUUGGCUUAAAAAUCAAUAAAAAACUUGGAGGCAACAAUUGUUCACUCUCAGAUAGACAGCAGAUAAGUUUUAUAUCUUCUGCACCGGUACGAAUAUUAUUUAAGUUAUGGACAAUUUGA